UUUUGAUGCAAGAGACUUGAGAGGUCCAUAAAGCUGAUAAGAUCGAAUUUGUGAUGAUAAGUGUCUUACUUUUUUCCUUCUUUCCUUGGGUGGACAUAGUUCCUUAAAAGUUUUGUCAGUACCUGGGAGUGUCUCUUACAGGAACAAGUGUGUUUAUCCAUUUGUCAUAAGGUUCAUGAACAGGAUUUUGGACUAGAGAUUUUUUUCUUGGAGGAAGGAUGGGUUGAGUUAUUUUAUCAGUAGUGAAAAUAUAAAGGAGCUUUUCGGGUUCUGUAGAUGAAACGGGGAAGGGAAUUUAUUCCCAUUUCAAGAAUUUAAUAUAUGUUUGUCCGGAUAGGUUUUGUUGUUGCUGCUUCCAUUGCAGCUGUUGUUGUUAAGCGGCACAACGUUAAACCCACCAAACCGAGCAAACAAUCAGAAAAUGACAAAGGAGGCGAUAAAGAAGAGGCUGUGUAUCCCGACAACAAUCUCAACGAUAAGAAUGUGGAGGAAGAGGAGGAGGAAGAAGAAGAGGUGAAACUGAUCAACAGUGUAAUCAAUCAGACUCGUGGAAGUUUCUCGGACUAUUUAGAUGACGAUAUUUUACCCGAGUUUGAAGAUCUUUUAUCUGGUGAAAUUGAGUAUCCAUUGCCUGAUGAUGAUGAUAACAACUUGGAGAAAGCAGAGAAAGAGAGGAAAUAUGAAGUCGAGAUGGCUUAUAACGAUGGUGAGCUCGAAAGGUUGAAACAAUUAGUUAAGGAGCUAGAAGAAAGAGAAGUGAAACUGGAAGGAGAAUUGCUUGAAUAUUAUGGACUCAAAGAGCAAGAAUCGGAUAUUGUUGAGUUACAAAGACAGCUCAAGAUCAAGACUGUGGAGAUUGAUAUGUUAAACAUCACUAUUAAUUCUCUUCAAGCUGAGAGGAAAAAGCUUCAAGAAGAGCUUUCUCAAAACGGUAUUGUAAGGAAAGAGCUUGAGGUGGCCAGAAACAAGAUCAAGGAGUUGCAGAGGCAAAUCCAGCUCGAUGCUAACCAGACGAAAGGACAGUUACUGUUGCUUAAGCAGCAUGUGUCGAGUCUCCAAAUGAAAGAAGAAGAUGCGAUGAAUAAAGAUACCGAAGUGGAGAGGAAGCUAAAAGCUGUACAGGAUUUGGAAGUGGAAGUUAUGGAACUUAAGAGAAAGAACAGAGAGCUUCAACAUGAGAAAAGAGAGUUAUCCAUUAAACUUGAUUCAGCGGAAGCAAGAAUUGCAGCUCUUUCAAACAUGACUGAGAGCGAUAAAGUGGCGAAAGUUAGAGAAGAGGUUAAUAAUUUAAAGCAUAACAAUGAGGACUUGUUAAAGCAAGUGGAAGGGCUUCAGAUGAAUAGGUUUAGUGAAGUUGAGGAGUUGGUUUAUCUCCGUUGGGUCAAUGCGUGUUUACGGUAUGAGUUAAGAAAUUACCAGACACCAGCUGGUAAAAUCUCNGCUCGUGACUUAAGCAAGAACCUAAGUCCCAAGUCACAAGCAAAAGCAAAACGGUUAAUGCUAGAGUAUGCUGGUUCAGAACGUGGCCAAGGAGAUACUGAUUUAGAGAGCAACUAUUCUCAACCUUCAUCUCCCGGAAGCGAUGAUUUCGAGAAUGCUUCAAUGGAUAGUUCCACGAGUAGGUUUAGUAGUUUUAGCAAGAAACCGGGAUUGAUACAGAAACUCAAAAGAUGGGGCAAGAGCAAAGAUGAUUCGAGCGUUCAGUCAUCACCUUCAAGAUCAUUCUAUGGAGGAUCACCGGGAAGACUUAGCUCGAGCGUGAAUAAACAGAGAGGUCCUUUAGAAUCUUUGAUGAUUAGAAACGCAGGUGAGUCAGUUGCCAUAACAACAUUUGGUCAAGUGGAUCAAGAAACAGCUCCUGGUACCCCUGAAACCCCGAAUCUUCCAAGAAUCAGAACACAACAACAAGCUUCUUCUCCUGGUGAGGCUUUGAACUCAGUUGCAUCAUCUUUCCAAGUGAUGUCUAAAUCUGUUGACAAUGUUUUGGAUGAGAAGUAUCCCGCUUACAAAGAUAGGCAUAAGUUGGCGGUUGAAAGAGAGAAGCAUAUUAAGCAUAAAGCAGAUCAAGCGAGAGCAGAGAGAUUUGGCGGUAAUGUGGCUUUGCCUCCUAAACUUGCUCAACUAAAGGAGAAAAAAGUUGUGGUUCCCUUGGUGACCACAGGUGAUCAGUCUAAUGAUCAGUCUAAUGAAGGUAAAGCCAGUGAAAACGCUCAAGCCGUAACAAAAAUGAAGCUUGUAGACAUUGAGAAACGACCUCCUAGAGUACCUCGCCCGCCUCCAAGAUCAACUGGAGAUGGUAAAACUAGCAGUUUGCCUUCUGCUAGACCUCCUUUACCCGGUGGUGGUCCACCGCCACCUCCUCCACCACCAGGCGGUGGGCCUCCUCUUCCACCUGGUGGUGGACCGCCGCCACCGCCGCCUCCUCCUGGAGCACUUGGAAGAGGAGCAGGAGGAGGGAGCAAAGUUCACCGAGCUCCUGAGCUUGUUGAGUUUUAUCAAUCUUUAAUGAAACGUGAAUCGAAGAAAGAAGGUGCACCAUCUUUGAUCUCUUCAGGAACUGGUAAUUCAUCAGCAGCUAGGAACAAUAUGAUUGGUGAAAUCGAGAAUCGAUCAACAUUCCUCUUAGCAGUAAAAGCGGAUGUGGAGACACAAGGGGACUUUGUUCAGUCGUUAGCAACUGAAGUCCGAGCUUCUUCUUUCACCAACAUAGAAGAUCUCUUGGCUUUCGUUAGCUGGCUAGAUGAAGAGCUCUCCUUCUUGGUUGAUGAAAGGGCAGUUCUUAAACACUUUGACUGGCCAGAAGGUAAAGCUGAUGCACUACGGGAAGCAGCUUUUGAAUAUCAAGAUCUCAUGAAAUUGGAGAAGCAAGUUACUUCCUUUGUCGAUGAUCCUAAUCUCCCUUGUGAACCUGCUUUGAAGAAGAUGUACAAGUUGCUAGAGAAGGUUGAACAAAGUGUAUAUGCUCUUUUACGUACAAGAGACAUGGCGGUUUCACGGUAUAAAGAAUUCGGAAUUCCAGUUGAUUGGUUAUCUGAUACUGGCGUCGUUGGGAAGAUCAAGCUUUCGUCAGUUCAGCUCGCGAAGAAGUACAUGAAACGAGUAGCUUAUGAGCUUGAUUCAGUGAGUGGAUCUGAUAAAGAUCCAAACAGAGAGUUCUUGCUUCUCCAAGGUGUUCGUUUCGCUUUUAGAGUCCAUCAGUUUGCUGGAGGGUUUGAUGCAGAAAGCAUGAAAGCAUUUGAAGAGCUUAGAAGCAGAGCCAAAACUGAGAGUGGAGGAGACAACAACAACAAUAAUAAUAAUAGCAAUGAAGAAGAAUCUGUAGACUGAGUUUUAUUAAUUAUUACUUUCUUAUUCUAUGUCUCCCUGUAUCAUUGUAUCACAUACUUGAUUUAUAGUACAGUGAUUUUUAUAGAUUAUUGUAAAAAAAAUACAUUUUUUUGUGUUUA